AUGAGCGUAUCUUUUCUCACUUCGCGUCGACUUCUACAGCUCUCAACGUUAAGGAUGUCAGGUAACACAAUCUAUCAGUUCACAGUAAAAGACGCAGACGGAAAGGACGUUUCUUUGGAAAAAUACAAAGGUAAAGUUGUUGUAAUCGUCAACGUUGCUUCAAAGUGUGGUCUAACAAACUCGAAUUAUACACAAAUGAAGGAGCUUCUCGACAAAUACAAAUCACAGGGUCUUGAGGUUGCCGCUUUCCCGUGCAAUCAGUUUGGUGGUCAGGAACCCGCAUGUGAAAUCGACAUCAAGAAUUUCGUAGCAGAUAAGUUCAAGUUUGAACCUGAUCUCUACCACAAAAUCGACGUAAAUGGCGACAAGGCUGACCCACUAUAUAAAUUCUUGAAAAAGGAACAGGGCGGCACCCUUGUUGAUGCAAUCAAAUGGAACUUCACCAAGUUUUUGGUGAACAGAGAGGGGAAGGUGAUUAAAAGGUAUGCACCCACCACUGAGCCCAAAGAUAUGGUAAAGGAUUUGGAGUCUGUCCUGAACGAAAAUUCAACAAAGCUCUAA